UUCCCACAAAUCCUGCCAUUGACAUCAGCUGUUCCGUUGUUAUUGUUUGUAUCUGCCUGUUUUGUGGUAUUAAAGACCGAUACCGCGAAUAAACUUAUUGCUUAAAUGUUUUUUCUGAUUAUAAUGUUCUCGUAUUCUUAUUCGGAAAACUAGUUGUAUUCGAGCUUUACUGAUAAUAGAUGAUCAUUUCGACAGUGUUGCGUUGUGUUUAGAGAAUAUUUGUACAUUGCUUUCACUGCAGUUGGUUCCAGCUUACUAAACUUUUACUUGGUCUUUACUUCUCCAGCAUUUUGUUACCUUGUGAAGUUUUUAAUAAAAACACAGCAUUAUUGAUUAUACGGGAUAUUUGUCGUGUCGCAGUGCUACAACUGAUCUGCUGAACUUUUAUUCCACGUUGCUGAGUGCGUACUGAUUCCACAAAAUAUCUUCGACAGUGCAGUUGAAGUUAGACUUACUCCAAAAUCCCAAAUCGUGAUCACUAUUUCUGUGCUAUGGCACUUCGAGCAGCCACCGUGGUAGCCAAGACCCUUUUAGCCGAAGAGGGCGAGAAUGUUCUUUCCACAGCCGUGCGUAUGAUACGCACGACGGCCGUGGAGGAAAGUGGCUUGACAAUGCAGUCAACGGAAAGUGUGGGUAUGGUUUCCAGGACUGUGAUGGAAGCGGGUGUCGCUGAUGCUAGCCAUGCAGCUGGCGAAGGGUUGGCUGAAGCAUCCAAAAUUCCAGAAAUCACACCAAAAGUUCCGAAGGAAUUCCAGGUUAACACCCCACGAGAAGUGGAACUGCCAGGGACAAAGGGUCCACCAGAAGUCCAACCGGGACAUUACCAAGGGGAGAAAAAGGAAAUAGAUAUUGGAAGUCCUAAAGAAAUCGGAUUUCCCGACCCGAAAACCGUCCCCGAAGUUAAACCGGGGGAAUCUGUCGAAAUUAAGCAUAUGGAAAAAGAGGCCGAACUGGACCAGAAGGAGCAAGAUAUUUUGGAUAAAAUUACUAAGAACGUCCCAGCUGAUCCGAGUAAUAUUAAUCCAGUCAUUGAACAAGCUCGUCACCAAGAGCGACCGGAAGUCGGUGAAGUUCGGGCAACGGUGGAGGUGGAUCGUAACGAUCGGCAGCAGGAGAGCACUGACGAUGGCCAGCGCCAACUGGAUGUUAACAGCGCUAACUCUGGACCGGAAAUGGGCAGAAAUCCCUUAAACGAGCAAAUAUAGCUGCAGAUAAAUGAUCUUGCAUGCCUGAUCCUUAUACAACCGCAUGUGUUUAAUUUAUUUCUCAUUUAUAACUUUUCCUUAAUUUUGACUUUUCAGGAACUGCAGAAAACUACAGUUUCUGGUUUAUGGCAAACUGUGUAUGCAAACCACGAGUACUGCGCAAACUGUAAUAUGUAUGUACCAUAACGAAUCGAUAAAUUAUUUGCAGUUA